AUGCUUUCGUUGGAAGCAGGAAGUCGAGCGAGCGAUCGAGCAUCGGCAUACACUAGCCACCUCAGCCCCAAGUGUAUCGAAGGCGCCUUGAAUUCUGAUUACGCCUCUUUUGACUCGAAUAUCAAUCCGAUUCCAGAAAACCAAAAGGAGAAUGGCGCCUACGUGACGGAGGCGUUUGAACAAUGCGGUCGUUAUUCUUCGUGUGACCUUGUCCUUCAUAAAAUCUGGCGGAACAUCGAAAGGUUCGGCCAGGCAUCCUGGAUGAGUCCGCUCCUUUACCAAAGAGCUUCUAUCCGGAAGGGGACCCGACUCCCUAAGGCCAUGGGCCAUGGCUCAUUGAAUCCUUCUUUGAUUCCCGAUCUCACUUCUGAGUCGAAUAUGAGCUUUGGCGACAUUGAAAACUGGCACCCUGAUGUGAUGUCACUUUGUGGGAUGCCCGCUACUCACACGGGCAGAAUGACAGCUUUAACGGGCAUCUUAAAAUCAGGGUGUCAGUGGCUCGCGGUCCAUGGUUACACAUAA